AUGGCUUCUAGUUGCUGUUGCCUCCAAUGGCUCCUCUUCGUCCAAGCUCUUCUCGUUGUAGUCGCCUCCUCUGAUUCUUGCCACUUCCCGGCCAUCUUCAAUUUCGGUGACUCUAAUUCUGACACUGGUGGGUUGUCGGCCGCUUUUGGGGCAGCCCCGCCACCCCACGGCGAGUCCUUCUUUGGCAAGCCAGCAGGCCGGUACUGCGAUGGUCGCCUCCUCAUCGAUUUUAUCGCGAGCAGCCUAGGCCUCCCGUUCCUCAGCGCUUACCUUAACUCUAUCGGCACCAACUUCUCUCAGGGUGCGAACUUUGCCACGGCCGGGUCGACGAUCAGGCAACCUUACGCCACAUUGACCCAAUCCGGCUUCAGCCCCAUCUCCAUGGACGUCCAGACUUGGGAGUUCUCCCAGUUUAAGUCUCGCUCCCAAGCACUUAUCCAGCAAGGAUUAUUCAAGGAUCAACUGCCGAAGGAAGAGUACUUCUCUCAAGCCCUAUACACGAUCGACAUCGGCCAAAAUGAUCUCACAGAGAGUUACUUCAGAAAUUGGACCACCGAUGAAGUCAAAUCGGUCAUUCCUGAUAUCUUGGACAAGUUUGUUCUCGCCAUUCAGAGCAUUUACUGGGAGGGAGGGAGGUACUUUUGGAUUCACAACACCGGGCCUUUUGGCUGCCUCCCUUAUGUUUUGGACCGGCUCACCCUUAAAGCGCCAGAGGUGGACCGAUUUGGCUGUGGGGCUCCCUUCAACCAUGUGGCCCAGCUCUUUAACCAAAAGUUAAAUCAGACUUUGAGUCAAUUGAGGAAGGAUCUCCCGCUUGGCGUCUUCACCUAUGUAGAUAUUUACUCGGUUAAGCGCGAGCUCCUAAGCCAUGCGCACCAGCAUGGGUUUGAGUUGCCACUCGUAGCGUGUUGUGGGCAUGGAGGAAAGUACAACUACAAUAUAAAUAUCGGAUGUGGAUCGACAGUGACAAGAAAUGGAAAAGAGGUGAUGAUUGGGAAGGCAUGUCAGAAUCCAUCGAAGAGGAUCAUUUGGGACGGCGUUCACUACACUGACGCCGCCAAUAAAUGGAUCUUUCAACAAAUUAUGGAUGGAAAAUUCUCGGAUCCACCUGUUCCUCUACGGUUGGCUUGCAAAGUGAAAGCAUAG